AUGGAGCGGAAACAGUUCGGGGCCGCCGUCCCGUACUUCACGGAGGCGCUGGACGCCAUGGCGGCGUCGGCGUCCGAGCUGGGCGCCACCAACAUGGGCACCGUCAAGCUCUACCACCAGCGCGGGCUGUGCUACCUGGCGGCGCACAAGUACAAGCCCGCGAUCGAGGACCUGUCCAAGGUCAUGCACAUGACGCCCAAGAGCGCCGAGCUCUACGCCAAGCGCGGCAAGGCCUACGCCGCGCUGGGCGAGCACCACGCCGCCAUGCUCGACUACAACGAGGCCAUCAGCCUUGCCGCCACUCAAGGGUUACUUCACGACCGCGGGGGGAUGGGCAUGGAGAGCAUUGAGAGUCGACGGCUGGAGAAACGCGCGUUGCAUGACUAUUCCAGGGCGAUCGAGCUGGACUCGAGCAAUGUGGAGACGUUCCGGUUACGAGGUGAGGCGUUCAUGCACCUUGCUCGGUAUGACGAAGCGCUCGCGGAUUUUGCGAGCGCGCUGGAGCUGGACCCGCAUGACUUUCAGGUGUGCAUGGCUCGUGCGAAGCUCUUCCGGCAGCGGGGAGACCUGAAAGGUGCGGUGCAGGAAGUUACCGCGGUGCUGCGUGUGAACGGAUUUUUCAUUAAUGGGUUGAAGCUGCGAGCGCAGUUGUAUGAAGAGCUCGGAGCGAUCCAAGACGCCGAGAAGGACUACUCGUCUAUUAUU